GAGAAGCUCCGGGCGCUCGAACAAAGGAACGCGCGGCUCGACCAAGACCUGACGCGCGAGUCGAUGAUGCGGCGCAAGCUCCACAACCAGAUCGAGGACAUGAAGGGCAAGAUCCGGGUUUUGUGCCGCGUGCGGCCCCUGGCGCAGUUCGAGCGGGACCGCGGCGCGGGCGAGUCCGCCGUCGUCAAGGACGGCGAGGGGUCGCUCACGGUGCUACCCGCGAAAGAAAAGGGCGAGAAGAAGAAAUUCAUGUUCGACUUCGUGUUCGACGGCGCCGGGGCCGAGAACUCGCAGCCGCGGCUCUUCGAGGACGUCAAGCAGCUCAUCACGUCCACGGUAGACGGCUACAACGUGUGCCUCUUCUGCUACGGGCAGACGGGAUCGGGCAAGACGUUCACCAUGGGCUCGGAUUCGCGCAUCGGCGCGACGCUCGGGCCCGACGGGAGAGUGUUGGAAGGAGCGGGCAUCGCGCCGCGGUCCGCGGAGGCCGUCUUCGACAUCUUGGAGGGGCGGACGUCGCAGUGCGACUGCACCGUGACGCUGUCCAUGUUCGAGGUCUACUGCGACAAGCUCGUGGACUUGUUAAAUACCUCGCCCCAGCAGCCCCACCUGAAGAUUACCUUGGCGGAGCACUCGCCCACGGGCCUCGUCCACGUCGAGGGCGCGAAAUCCCGGGAGGUGGCAGACGCCAAGGCGCUCGUCGACGCUUUGGCCUUCGGCAUCGGCAACCGCACGGUGCACGCGACGAAAAUGAACUCCGAGAGCUCGCGGAGCCACCUCGUCAUGAUGAUGGAGAUUAGCUCGACGAACAAGCGCACGGGCCACAAGGUCACGGGCAAGCUUACGUUGGUGGACCUCGCCGGGUCCGAGCGCCCUUUGAAGUUGGGAAUUUCGCUCUCUUUUGCUGCCCAGGCGACGGCCAUCAACAAGUCGCUGUCGGCGCUGGGCGACGUCAUCGCUUCUUUAACGGCCGCGGCGGGGGGCCACGUGCCCUACCGGAACCACCCGCUGACCAUGCUCAUGUCCGACUCCGUCGGCGGCUCCGCGAAGACGAUGAUGAUCGUCUGCUCGUCGCCCGCGUCCGACAACGUCGCGGAGACGCUGACCUCGCUCCAGUUCGCGACGCGGUGCAAGGACGUC